UCUCUCUCUCUCUAAACGCCACAACCCUCCAUCGUCACUUCUAUAUAUAUGUUGCGGUGUCCUCCUUUAGCUCCUCACAAUUUAAGUUUGUUUCCCAACUGUUUUACAAAAUGCCACUGAGAUAAAUUUGCAGUUCGAUGACAGAACCACGUCCUGUAGUCAGAAAGUUCUUGGCCAGACCUCAACAUGAAGGUGUUGGGGCCGUUGUUAGAAGAAGCAUUGGACGGUUUGAGCUGAAGUACUUUGAUCCAUUCCUUGUAUUGGAUGAAUUCUCAGUCACUGCCCCUGCUGGAUUUCCUGAUCAUCCACAUAGAGGAUUUGAGACUGUCACAUACAUGUUACAGGGAGCUGUGACUCAUGAAGAUUUUGAAGGUCACAAGGGAACGAUAGAAGCUGGUGAUUUGCAGUGGAUGACUGCAGGCAGAGGGAUUGUCCACUCAGAGAUGCCUGCAGCUCAAGGCACCCAAAAGGGCCUGCAGCUUUGGAUCAACCUUCCUUCCAAAUAUAAAAUGUAAGUUCUUUCAAUUUCUUCCUUCUUCUUUACGUCUAUUAUAUAUAUAUAUAUAUAUAUUGCCUUGUCUUUCCUUCAUAUAAGGGAGCUCCUCUAAACAAGAAUACAUCCGUUGAAACUUUAAAGUUGAUACAACUGUAGUAUAAUAACGGAUCAUUUAGUCUAUUAAAACGCCACUGUCAAGCUUCAACUAUUAAUAUGGUUUUAAAAUUUUGAUGGAUCAAACAA